GAAUCCCGGGGAGCGGCAGGUGUAGAAUGCCGGGAGGGGCGGGCGCGGAUACCCAGAGGGGGCGUGGCCGGAGUCCUUUGUCCGCACGGCCCGGGGGAGGGAAGGGGUGUGUCCUGUGACGUCAGCGGGUCCGGACUGCCAGGUAGCUCGGGGCCCCGGCACGGAGCAGGGAGAGCCCGGCCCCGAGAGGACAGCUCGGGGAGCAGAGCGCGGCGGGAACCGGCUGGGACCGGAGCCUCUCAGGCACCCGCUCGACCUCCCAGCCGAUCAGCACGCGCUGAGUGACCCGCAGGCCCCGCCCGUGCCCAGUCCCACCCCGGGCCCCCCAUGGCCGGGGCCGCAGCCCUUCCGUCGUCGGGAUCGUCGCCGCCGCCGCUGCUGCUCCCGCUGCUGCUGCUGCUCCAGGAAGCCGGAGCCCAGGAUGUGCAAGUGCACAUGCCCCCAGAGGUGCUGGGACACUUGGGGGGCACUGUGGAGCUGCCGUGCCACCUGCAGCUGCCAUCACCUGAAGUCCAAGUCUCGCAGGUGACGUGGCUGCGCCUGGACGCAGCUGGAAACAGCCAGAGUGUGGCCGUCUUCCAUCCUGCAUAUGGUUCCAGCUUCCCCAGCCUACAGCCUGGCAAGGAGCGGCUGUCCUUUGUUACUGCCGGGCAGAGCACUGGGGCUGGGCAAGGCACGAAUACGGGGCGCUGGGACGCCACGCUGGCCCUCCAGGGGGUGAUGGUGGAGGACGAGGGUAACUACACCUGUGAGUUUGCCACCUUUCCCAAGGGCACCGGCCGAGGGGUGACACAACUCAGAGUCAUAGCCCAGCCCCAGAACCACGCUGAAACACAGGAGGUCACACUCAGCCUGGAACCUGUGCCCGUGGCCCGCUGUGUCUCUACAGGGGGCAGGCCACCUCCCCGAAUCUCCUGGCUGUCACCCCUGGACGGGGAGGCCAAAGAGAGCCAGAUGUCAGGGCCCUUGCCUGGCACAGUCACCGUCACCAGCCGCUUCACCUUGGUGCCCUUGGGCAGAGCAGAUGGUGUCAAGGUCACCUGCAAAGUGGAGCACGAGAGCUUUGAGGAGCCGGCCCUGCUGCCUCUGUUCCUCUCAGUGCGCUACCCUCCUGAGGUCUCCAUCUCUGGCUAUGAUGACAACUGGUACCUUGGCCGUAGCGAGGCCAGCCUGAACUGUGACGCCCGCAGCAAUCCAGAGCCCAUAGGCUAUGACUGGAGCACGCCUGGGUCUGGGGGAGGAGGGACUGGGGGCCUGGACCCCUGGCAGGUGGUCCUAGUUCGAGAGACCCCCAACACAGCGGGCGCAGGGGCCACAGGUGGCAUUAUUGGGGGCAUCAUUGCUGCCAUCAUUGCUACGGCUGUGGCCGCCACAGGCAUCCUCAUCUGCCGGCAACAGCGGAAGGAGCAGAGGUUGCAGGGGGCAGAGGAGGAAGAUUCCCUGGAGGGACCUCCCUCUUACAAGCCACCGACCCCGAAGGCAAAGCUGGCGGAGCCAGAGAUGCCCUCCCAGCUCUUCACCCUGGGGGCCUCUGAGCACAGCCCACUCAAGAUCCCCUACAGUGAUGCUGGCGUCUCAUGCACUGAGCAGGAAAUGCCUCGAUACCAUGAGCUGCCCACCUUGGAAGAGCGGUCCGGACCCCUGCUUCUGGGGGUCUCGAGCCUGGGAUCCCCUAUCCUGACGCCUCCAGGGCUGCCUACUGUGGAGAGGGUUUCCCUGGACUUAGAGGAGGAGGAGGAGGAGGAGGAGAAAGAAAGCUAUCUGGACAAGAUCAACCCCAUCUACGAUGCCCUGUCCUACUCCAGCCCUGAUUCCUACCAGGGCAAAGGCUUUGUCAUGUCCCGGGCCAUGUAUGUGUGAGCUGCCAUGGCCCUGUUCUCUCACCUCUCAGUUCUUGGUCCCUCAAGUUUCUGCCAACACUAGAUCUAGGGAUCUACUAACCUUUGAUCCCUGGCCAGGCCAUGUCAGUUAACACACACAGACACACACACACACCUCAUCUGUGACUUCUACCUUGGUGGCUCCACUAUGGCCCCUAAUCCAUGAUCUCUGAUCCAGAGAAACCAGCCAUGACAAUGGAAACUGGGUAACUUUAUCUCAUGAGGCGGUGGGGGGUAUGUCCUUUGACGCAAGGACUCCUAAGACUGUGACCUUAGAUCAUACCUCUCAUGUCCCACCAUCUCCAGACUCCCCACAAAUCCCAAAGAAGACUUCAGACCUUUUGAUUUGUGCUCUGAAGUAAACUCCCAAUAGCUCGGCUGGGGUGGGCAUAGAGAGCACCUUGCUGCUCAGACCUGAGCCCUCCAGGCAGCAGAGUUCCACACGCCCUCCUUCCCACCCUGUCUGUUCCCUAGAGACAGGAGGGAGGGGAUUCCCCAGCCCAAGACAGAGCUUCCCAUCUCCUCUCUCCUGCAGGCAGGAGUCUCAGCGUCCAGACCCAUCCCUGAGCCCCCACCACCCUAUUUCCUGUCUAUAGGGAAUUAAGCCCCAGCUCAGAGUCUCAUGCAGAGUGUGCCUUGCUGGCCUCAGCCUGGGGAGAAUUUGCUGGGACUUUAAAGACUACUAAUCCCUUUAACUCCUGCCCAGUGGGAUGGGACCCAGACAUCUCCCUGGCAGGGGAAAGCGGGUCACCUGGGUUGGGGAUAGGGAAUAUAUUACUGUUUUACAAAAUAGGAAUUUAUACUUUGA